ACAGUUGACAACUGGAAUUUUCUAGUGGCAUUUCCACGUGUCCGGAUGGAGGCCUUCAAACCUAACACUAUUCGCAGUGGAUUUGCGAUUUCAGGUUUAGUGCCUCUUGAUCCCCAUCCUGUCCUUCAAAAUCUUAAUAUUCAAGUUGAAGGUCCGACGAAGGCUCCAACGCUACCAGGCAGUCUACAGGGAUACUCAGACUUUCAAAAUACACCCUAUAAUUCUCAACAGUUGCAACGCAAGGAAAGAUCGAUCAAGAAGAUAAUUAAUCAAUGUUGUCUUCAUAUUGAACGUAUAUAUACCGGCCGUGAAUGGAGGCUGCCAUUACCUAG